AUGCCAUUCCCGUACAAGAAAGUGGUAGUCAUCGGAGCAACGAGCGGCAUUGGCGAGGCGCUGGCCAAGAGACUACUCGACGAUGGCUCCUUUGUGAUUGCUGUCGGCCGUCGCAAGGAGAAUCUCGCGGCCCUCGUCGAGCAGUAUGGCCACGACAAGGCCCAGGCCGUGCCAUUCGACAUCACGAAACUAGAGUCCAUUCCACAUUUCGCAACAAAUAUCAUGAACACUCAUCCCGACGUUGACUGCAUCAUGCUGAACUCGGGGAUUCAGAGGAAGUCGGACUUUAGUGACCCUGACUCGAUCGAUGUUGAUGUCCUCAAUCUCGAAUUCACCACCAAUUACCUGGCCCAGCUGGCACUGACCAAGGCUUUCUUACCGUUCUUGCAGAAAAAGGACAAGGAGAGCGCCUUGAUAUAUGUCUCGUCAGUACUCGCUCUUGUGCCGAUAGUUAGAUGUGCAAACUAUUGUGCCUCCAAGGCAGCCCUGCAUCAAUUCAUCCUCUGCCUACGCCAGCAGCUGAAGGGCUCAAAUGUCAAGGUGGCCGAGGUGUUCCCUCCUGCAGUGCAGACCGAGCUUCAUGACGAAAAGCAUCAACCCGAUAUCAAGAACGGCAGAUCGAUUGGAAUGCCUCUUGACGAGUUCACGGACAAGGCAUACACUGGAUUGGCCAGUGGACAAGAGCAAGUUCCCGUCGGCCAGGGAGAGCAAGUCUUCAACGCCUUUGAGCUCAAACGACAGGAGGUUUUUGCACAAAUGGUGAAAAAUAUGGGUAGUAAAUGA